AUGGAGAAAGCUAAACAAGAUGCAUUUGAUAAUGCCAGACUUCAAGUGAUCAAAGAUGGCUAUGAGAGGGCCUUCGAGUGCAUCAACAGAGGACUCACUGCAGAUGAAGCUGGAGACAAGAGUCGGGCCCUGGAGCUCUACAAGAAAGGACGACAGCAUCUUCUGAGGGCCAUCAGUGUGCCUUCGCGGGGGGAUGAGUGUGUUGGCAGCUCCUGGGAAUCAGCCAGACAGAUGCAGCAGAAGAUGCAGGAGACGCUGAACAAUAUCACCACUCGCAUGGCCAUAUUAGAGACCAGCACUGACCUUAGAUCUGCAGCAUCUGGCCCUGAUGCAGCAGGCAUGUCUGCAAAAGAACUUUCUACCACAGAGAAGCCUGUGAAGCCACCUCCACCAAACCUACUUUCUGGUAAUGGUCAGCCAGCUAGCCCUGUGGGAGGUUUACCUCCAAGCAGUGGUGUGGCUCUACCCCUCUCACCUACCAGACACCCUGUGGUUCUUGCCGAACAGCCUCCAGCCUAUUCUCCUCAGGCGGCUGAUGGCCACAUAUCCGUCUCUUAUGGAACAGAUUCAGGGGAGAUGUCGUUGGUCGGGGAUGAGUUCUACAAUCGUACAUCUAACUCGACCCCUUCCCCUCAGAGCAUGGGUGAAGAUGGAGAGGAGCUGCUGUACAUUCCUCAUGGAGUACAGAUAUUUUUUGUCACACCUGAGGGGCAGGUGAGCGCUCCAUCAUACCCAGGCUACCUGCGGCUGGUGAGGUUUACCAGUGAUCGCUCUGACAGAGAGCCUAAUCGACCACCAGCGUUUCUGCAGGUGUGUGACUGGCUGUACCCUCUCAUGGCCAUGAACUCUCCAGCCUUGCUUUGUAACACUGGUGUGUUUAUGUUCCCGGACAUGAUGGCGCCGGCACCAGGGUAUUAUGUGGGAGUGGUUCUGUCCUCUGAGCUCCCUGCUGCAGACAGACAACUGUUUCAGGACCUGCUGUCCCAGAUGACAGAUCUGAGGGUUCAGGCUCCAGAAGAAGCUGCGGACACCAUUAAUCUCAGUCAGAAGGUCUCUAUUGCUACACCUGAGGAGCCUGCGGAGACUCCAGCAGAGACCGAGGAGGAAAAAGCUUUGCCCGAAUGGAGUGAAAAGGUGGCAAACGGGAUCCUGACAGGUGCGUCCUGGCUGAGCUGGGGUCUGGUCAAAGGAGCUGAGUAUACAGGCAAGGCCAUUCACAAAGGGGCAGCUAAACUCAGAGAACACAUCACUCCAGAGGACAAACCCACCCCGGUCAGCCCCACAGUCACAAAAGGCCUCCAUGUUGCCAAGCAAGCUACGGGAGGAGCUGUCAAAGUCAGCCAGUUUCUAGUGGAUGGCGUGUGUACUGUUGCUAGCUGUGUGGGUCGAGAGUUGGCGCCACAUGUGAAAAAACACGGAGGCAAGCUGAUCCCAGAGUCUAUGAAGAAAGACAAAGAUGGGCGUUCCAACAUUGACGGAGCCAUGGUGGUGGCUGCAAGUGGAGUGCAGGGAUUUGCAACCAUGUGGACUGGUUUAGAAGUAGCAGCUAAGGACAUAGCUACAAAUGUAGCUUCAGAAACAGUCACCACCGUAAAACACAAGUACGGGGCAGCGGCAGGACAAGCCACAGACCACGCUGUCAACUCUGCCAUGAAUGUCGGCAUCACCGCCUUCAAUAUUGACAACCUGGGGAUCAAAGCUGUGGUGAAGCGGACGGGCCGGCACACAGCGGAGGCCAUUUUGGAAGACUACAAGCUUCAGAAAAAACCAGAAAACGGGAAUCAAGUGGAGAAGUUGGAUAAAUAGCUGGUAGUGUCCUGCCACAUUCCCCCAGCAAUGCCUUAAGCAUUAUUUGUACUUUCUAUUAAAUUAAUCUAUAUUUAAUAUUCAUUAUUUAUACAACAUAUUCUAUAUUUACAAGAUGACUACUGAUAAAUGCAUAUCUUAUAGUUUGAUACUGCUUGGAACUUGCACUUUAAUUUUUCUGUAAUGCAGGUAGACGGGACCCAAAUGUGAAGGAACUGAAGGUUAUAUAAUCCAAACCAAAAUAUUAAAUUAUGCAGUGUGCAAAGUCCUAGAUAACGUUUAGGCAGCAGUUUAACACUCGGUUUGUAUUAAAAACAUUGUUCUUGAAUAGACACAGAAAUCAUUCAUAAGCAUUUGUGUGUGUGUGUGUGUGUGUGUGUGUGUGUGUGUGUGUGUGUGUGUGUGUGUGUGUGUGUGUGUGUAUUUCCCUGAGAACAUGUACUUUAAAUGAAUGAUGAAAAAAUGUCUGCAUAUUCACUUCCACAUAUAUUUCAGAGCAAAGUACUGCCAGCUGUACUGUUUUUGCUGUGCUGUUUAAACUGUCAAGUUAUCACUGGUGUUAACUGUGCCUGCAGAUACCAAACAAUAAUGCAAAAGUCUGACAUUUCAAGCUCUGAAACUUGUCCAGAUUGUGUUAUUUUUGUUAAGCAUAUAGUCGUCCUGUACUUACAGGGCAGAAUCGGUACAGUGUAAAUGUAUCUCAGAAGCUUAAAUCUGUAACUGAAAAGCAGUUUUCUGAGAGUCUGCAGGGCUUUCUUCUUCUGUGACUCGGUUGUAACCAUGUUAUACAUUUGGCUUAUUGUGUUUCAUAAAACUUUAAUAUGUGAACAAAACAUACCCUCAGGAGUAACUGUAAUUUUCAUACGGCCUCUAGUUGCACAUUGAAAUCUUAUUCCCACCUGAACUACUUAAUAAAGAUGAAGACUAAA